AUGAUGUGCUUAGAGCUGUGAAUGUCACGGUUGAAUUGUAUUCACAGCUCAGGUAGACCACAGUGGGUAGACUACCAAGUUGACUAACUACUUCAGUUAGAUAAUCACGUUCAGGGAGUGACUUUACAUACCGGGGCAGACUGCGACUUUAUUCUCCGCCCAAGAGGUUGUCACGCUGUCAUUCACGGUAUAAGUAGCGCCACGGACGAACAAGGCGGUUAACUUCGUCUGAAUUACAACGCAGAGAUGGCAGCUCAGGAUUUUAAUUUUUUGCUCGCGACCGACUCCUACAAGGUCACACAUUAUAAGCAGUAUCCACCAAACGUGAAUAAAAUAUACUCGUAUUUCGAGUGUCGGCGAAAGGAUCGAAGGGACCCCCAGUUCCCAGAGGUGGUCUUCUUCGGCCUGCAGUACCUCCUCAAGAAGUACCUGGCAGGUCGUGUUAUCACAGAGGAGAAGAUCCAGGAGGCUAAGCAGUUCUUCCAGAUGCACUUUAAACAGAAGGUGUUUGACGAAGAGGGCUGGAGGAGAGUUCUGGAGAAAUACGAUGGUCGUCUUCCCAUCCGGAUCAAAGCCGUUCCCGAAGGCAAGAUCAUCCCGAGAGGGAACGUCCUCUUCACCGUUGAGAACACAGAUCCGGACUUUUUCUGGCUCACCAACUAUGUUGAGACCAUGCUGGUGCAGAUGUGGUACCCCAUCACCGUGGCGACCGUCUCCCGGGAGUUCAAGAAGAUCCUGGCCAAGCACCUGAAGGCCACCUCCGGCAGCCUGGAGGGCCUGGACUUCAAGCUGCACGACUUCGGCUACCGGGGGGUCUCCUCCCAAGAGUCAGCAGCGCUGGGUGGAGCUGCUCACCUGGUGAACUUCUGCAGCACAGACACGGUGGCCGGUCUCCUGAUGGCUCAGCGCUACUACUGGUGUCCCAUGGCAGGCUUCUCUAUCCCUGCCGCAGAACACAGCACCAUCAUCUCGUGGGGCCGCAGUCGUGAGAAGGACGCGUACGAGAGCCUCCUGGACCAGUUCCCCUCGGGGCCGCUGGCGGUGGUGAGCGACAGCUACGACAUCUUCAAGGCCUGCAAGCACAUCUGGGGCGACAAGCUGAAGGAGCGCGUCAUGGAGCGGAGCGAGGACUCGGCGCUCGUCAUCCGGCCAGACUCCGGGGACCCUGCCGACACCUUGCUAGAGGUGAUCAGAAUUCUGGAGGAGAGCUUUGGUUGCUCUCGAAAUGCCAAUGGCUACAAGGUGCUGCCGUCCUACCUGCGCAUCAUCCAGGGUGACGGCAUUGAUCUGAAAUCAAUCGAAUCGAUUCUGGAGAGGCUGGGGGAUGAGGGCUGGAGUGUGGAGAACGUGUUUUUCGGCUGCGGCAGCGCUCUCCUGCAGAAGCUCAACAGAGACACGCUCAACUGUGCCUUCAAGUGCAGCUACGUGGAGUCCAACGGCAAGGGGAUGGAUGUAUACAAGCAGCCGGUGACAGACCCAUCCAAAGGCUCCAAGCGAGGCCGCCUAUCCCUGCGCAAGAACUCUGACGGCUUUAUUGAGACGGUGGAGCGAGGCAUAGGCAAACCAGAGGAGGACAUGCUGGUGACGGUGUUUGAGAACGGCUCCCUACUGCAGGACUACACGCUGGAGGAGAUCCGGAAGAACGCUCGGCUGACGGAGGACGAGAUCGCGCCCCCGCAGCACAACCAGGACGAGCUUAACGGCCUGGACCUGCACCACAACAAGCACAUCAUGAACGGCGUGCAUUGAUUGGCUGCCACUUCACCACCCCCCACCCCCUUGACAGCUCGUCUGUCUGCACUGACUGCCACACACACACACACAUACACAUACACACACACUGCCCCAAUGGCUGCCGUAACACUGCCCUAAAAAGACAAACUUGACUUGACUUCUUGUUGUCCCUCUUUGAUUGGGGUCAAACAGACAUCACUUGCUUCUCUAUCUUUGACUCUUUUAACGGCAAAACAAAAUGGAGAGAAAAAAAGACCAGCCAAUUGGAAUGCCAUGGCUACUGUCUGUUGUGCACGACGAAUAUUUGUUUUAUUUGUUGUUUCAAACUCUGGGUGUACGCCAUAUUCUUUCUAAUGGCUUUUAGACAAUGUUGUAUUUCUUUCUUUUUUUGAAAAAAAAAGUUAUUUUUCUUCUUCAUUCUAGCAGCCAUUUGCUUUUGAUGCCACUGCAGGAGCUGUAGGCCAGCAUUUCUUAUGCCGUUCUUAGAAUGCCAAAUGGUUGACGUGGGACAGUAUUCCCCAGCUGUAUACUAUAUACUUAAGCUGAUUCCGAAACGGCGGGAGAAGAUUUCCUCUGACUUCCAUUCGAAGGCGCUUCCGAGUCCACUACAUGGGAGCAUAUCAAGCAAACCAAACAAAAAGCAGACCGUAACAUCGCAACGCAACCUCACAUUCUCACAGAUGACUUCAUUCCCUCGUCUUGUGUCCAGUCAGACAAGCUCUGACUGUGGUGUGUGUGCCUGUUCGAAUACUUAAAUCAUGUUUGUGUUUGCUAACUUAAAGAAAAAUAAUAAAAAUGUGUGCCCACUGGUUAGCAAGUACAGUUUAAACCCAGAAUGUCAGCUGUUGAUGUCAGAUGUUAGAUACGGUAUGCACCCAAAAAAGUGAGAAAAGAGGUCUCGUCUCCCUUUCUGUAGGUUUCGUAGAUGUGUAGCAGUAACGAAGGCAAAUUGGUAAUAAUAACGAUAUAUUUGUUUGAUUUUAUUUGAAUUGUUGCUCUGACUUUUGACCACAGUGUUGUGUGUAUGUAAACAAGUGUUUUUGUCGUUGAGCACAUGCAGAGCUGUGCUGGAGGGGGGAGGGGAGGGACACAGUUCUAAGGGUCUGCUGGUUCCACCAGCUCUAGCCUUAAGAACCUCUGGAGCUGUUUGCAGAACGCUGCCAGUGCUGAAUCCUGCAUCAGUUGCACUGGGAACCAGAGUGUUAACCUGUUAACCAUCGGAGUAGGUCUUGGGUGAACCAGCCGACCGACGCCUUUGAUGUGAUCAUGGGUCGUUUUCAAGUUCCCAAACACUCCGAUAAACACGGCGUGAACACUGUCAGCUGGUUCAAGAUCGGGUGCAACUCAAGAACCAGCACCGGCGCGGUUCUCUGUCGGCCCGUAGACGCUAUGGAAUCUUCCGGGGAAGUGGAGCAGGCUCCCGUCUUAGUCUUGACACUCACAUUUUUGUCCUCCACUCAAGCCAAUUUCUCCACAUGGAACUUGAUUUUUAAAUUGUGAGAGCAUGUGCGAGUGCUGGUUGUAUGAGCAAGGGAGGGUGCGUAUUUGUGUUGCCUUAUUUAGUGAUUUGAGAAUAUCCUUGGCAUGUUUUUAAUUCCUUUUUCCCCCCUCCCCCCCUCUCUGUCUGAACUCGGGUUGAAAAUAUGCUGCGUUAUUUAAUUUGUUUGUUUUUGUUGUUUCUCUUGUAGAUGUUUCAGGCUAUGCCGUUGAGCAAAAUAACCAAUUUACUGUGUAAUUGGAUUGGUUGAUAUGAAGCGGAUGACCCUACCUCCUUUUCUAUACAACAACAAUAAUGUAUAUUUAGAAGAUCAGUGGUAAUUCACUAAAAUUGUAUUUUCUUUUUAUGUAAAUAUUGAUGAACAUAAUAUUGUUUUCGCUCCGUUCUUUUGCUGUACAAAAGUCAUAUUUUGUAUCAGGAAAUUAAAUGGACCUUUUACUUAUAAUUUA